CUGCCCGUGGAUGCCCAGCCGGGAGGAGGAGGAGGAGGAGGAGCCCCGCUGCACCCGGGCCCACGGGGGGGUCAGCAAUGAACAAGCUGCGCCAGAGCCUGAGACGCAAGAAGCCGGCUUACGUCCCGGAGGCCAGCCGCCCUCACCAGUGGCAGUCGGAUGAAGAGGCCGUGCGCAAGGGGCGCUGCAGCUUCCCCGUCAGGUAUCUGGGACACGCGGAGGUGGAGGAGUCGAGGGGCAUGCAUGUUUGUGAAGAGGCUGUGAAGAAGCUGAAAGCGAGUGGCCGCAAGUCGGUGAAGUCUGUGCUGUGGGUCUCGGCAGACGGGCUGCGUGUGGUGGAUGACAAGACCAAGGAUCUCAUUGUGGACCAGACCAUUGAGAAGGUCUCCUUCUGUGCUCUGGACCGGAAUUUCGACAAGGCCUUCUCCUACAUCUGCCGGGACGGCACCACCCGCCGCUGGAUCUGCCACUGCUUUCUGGCGCUGAAAGAUUCGGGUGAGCGCUUGAGCCACGCCGUGGGCUGCGCCUUUGCGGCUUGCCUGGAGCGCAAGCAGAAGCGGGAGAAGGAGUGUGGCGUGACUGCCUCUUUCGACGCCACUCGCACCAGCUUUGCGCGGGAGGGCUCCUUCCGCCUGCCUGCGGGCCCCCCAGCCCCCACCACCCGCUCCUCCUCCUCCACCUCCUCCUCCUCGGGAGCACGGCCUCUGCAGAGCAGGAAGAAAGCUGAAGCCGCCGUGGUGUCCAUGGCUGCUGCCCCGGCCCCAGCCCCCACCCAGCCCGGCAGCGCCUCCCCUCCCCAAGGGGCCGCCUCGCCGGAGGAGAAGGCAGCAGAGGUGGGGGGCCCCCACGCCAUCCCGCGUCGCCACGCCCCCCUGGAGCAGCUGGUGCGGCAGGGCUCCUUCCGGGGCUUCCCCACCCUGAGCCAGAAGAACUCCCCCUUCAAGCGGCAGCUCUCCUUGCGGCUGAGUGAGCUCCCGUCCACGCUGCAGCGCAAGGCACACGCGGGCGACGCAGUUUUGGAGCUGAUCUCUGCUGCCAACGGGGACUCUGACGGCAUCGCUGCCCAGUCUGACGCGUGCUUCGCCCAGCCGGCAGGGGAGCCCCCCGCUUCUGCACCCCUCAACGGCGCCACGGGCCACGAUCCUGCCACGGUGCCUGCAGAAGCAGGAAGCACAGGUAUGUAUUCUGGUCUCGUCUUCCUCUCCGCAGGUCCCCCCAGCCCCCCCUUCCAGCCGGGGCACAAGCGGACGCCGUCGGAGGCCGAGCGCUGGCUGGAGGAAGUGGCCAAGGCCGCCAAGGCCCAGCAGCAGGUGGCUGUUGCCGUGGCGGCGAUACCUGCUCCACUGCCCCCCUUCCCCCUGAGCUAUGACACGCCUGGCCCGCCCCUGGGCGUCUUCGUGCCUCCUCCUCACGUGCCGCCUGCUUUCGUGCCCAUGGGUGCCGCCUACCCGCCAGCCGUGCCCUUGGCGGCUCUUCCCAGCGUGCCAGUGGUGGGCAUCACGCCCUCACAGAUGGUGGCGAACGCCUUCUGCUGUGCCACGCAGACCCCUGCCGCCGCAACCUUGGGGGCCAAGGCCUUUCCGCAGAGCCUCCUGGGGCCGGUGCGGCCCAAGCCCAACGGGACAGCCUGGCCCCCGGAGCAGAGCCAGCCAGCGGGCGCCUCCCCGCGCCAGGCCCCGCUUGACCCUUUCGAAGCGCAGUGGGUGGCCCUGGAGGGCAAGGCCCCUCCCGCAGCCCCCAACCCCUUCUCUGGCGACCAGCAGAAGACCUUCGAGAUCGAACUGUGACACCCCCGCCCCACCCCUGCAGUGGCUGGACAAGGUCGACCCUUCCCGCUCGUCCCUCAGCUCCCCU